AUGGAACCACAAACCCAACAACCAACCGAGGAUGGAGGAAGCAACAAAGCAGCCGGGAGUAGUGCUAACAAGCUUUACAGGCGGAGCAGUACCAGGUGGACUCCCACUACAGAUCAGAUAAGAAUCCUCAAGGAGCUUUACUACUACAAGGGAGUUAGGUCCCCAACUGCAGAGCAGAUUCAGAGGAUCUGUCAGCUGAAAUGGUACGGAAAGAUCGAGGGCAAGAACGUCUUUUAUUGGUUCGGAAACCACAAGGUUCGGGAGAGGCAGAAGAAGAGGUUCACUUCGGAUGUUCAUGUGCCCAUGCAAAGAUCAGGGCUUGUUGGUAAUGGUAAUGGUACCAAUUGGAAAUCUGAGGAUCAGUAUAUUAACAUGAACAACAAGUACUCUAACAUUUGUCAAAGGGUUUCUUCUGCAGUUGCUUCUGCUUCUUCAGCUGGUGUGAUUGCUUUUAACGAGCAGAUAGGGAGCUAUGGUGGUUAUGGAUCUAUGAACAUGGAGAAGAGUUUUAGGGAUUGUUCAAUCUCAGCUGGAAGGGGAACUAGUUCUACUGGUGUUGGUGGAUCCAUUAGUCACAAUUUUGGGUCAUGGGUCGGCUGCAGUGUUGACCCAUAUUUCUCCUCAUCCUACACUACUAGUACUAGUACUACUUUCUUUGAAAUGAAUGAAGAACAAACUUUUAUGGAACAAAGAGGAGAAGAUCACCAGGAGAUUGAAACCCUUCCACUGUUCCCCAUGCACGGUGAGGACAUCUUUGGCAACAUGAAGACUACUUCCGAGGGAGGUGGCGGCUAA